GCCCCCAUAACAAACACAACACCUUCUUCACUCAGCUGCUUUUCCUGACCGUUAACUCCAUGUGCCUCCUUUUGUAUCAACAGUCAUCAGAUCGGUUAGAUUAGAUUCAACUUUAUUGACACUGAACACAGUAACAGAUUCUUGGACAACAAAAUAUAAUUCACCUUCUGUAAAUUAUUUACAAAUGGCCGUCUAUCAAAUUAGCGAUAAACUUUACCAACAGAGACACACGUACACACUACACAGGUACGCAGUUUAUUUGUCGCGCUGCUGUUCAUGUUUCACGCUCUAGCGGUUAAUAAACACAACUACUUGCCUCUUGCGGAAGAACAUUGUAACUUCUCUCCGUUUAUGACUACGGACGAGUCACCCAGGUCCUGGGCUACUCCACAGCGGCGGCGAAUAAAAUAGAGGAUGACACCAUUUGCUAAAGGGGAUGUUUUCAUUUUUAUCCUUAUCUAGAUCUAGAUCAAUUUUGGGAUUUGAUUAUCGUUAGCCGUGAGAAAAUGAAGUGGAGAAACUACAUGGAGCUUCUCUCUAAAACAGUAACACAGUUGUCCUACAUAUUAGGAGCAAAAGCACAGAGCGCUCUGGUCCGGGAUAGGUUCUAAAAUUUAGACGCACCUUUAAAAAAACCUUUUUAGUCUUGGACCAUCUCGGGUCAGGACACAGCCAGGAAGGUGAUGAAGGUGUUUAACGACUUACCCGGGGAUCUGAAUAAGCUAUUGUAAUCACACCUGAGACUAGAGGAACUGCCCCGGAACCCUUCAAGGCUUUCCUGCUGAGUUCUACAAUUACUUCUGGGAAAAACUAUGCGAGGAUCUGUUACAGGUGCUCAGUAACGUCGAGGUGGCGUAGGACGGUUGCUGAUUAUGCAGCCGGCGCAGUCGGCUCAUUAAGAUUACACAGCGUAAGCAGAAGAGGGAGCAACUCACCUCAUCAUUCUGGAGCGUUUUGACCCUCCGGCAAUCGGCUGUUUACACACCAGAGCAACAGUGAAUGUUAAACCUCUGGUGGAAAAUCUCCAGUUUAAAUGAACCCUGACACACUGAGACUCGCUCCCAGAGCUGAAUUAAUUAAACCAAACUCUUAUUGUUUCUUUAUUUGUUGAUUUAAAUUACUGAAUAGAUUCAUUUUAGGGGGAAAGAAGAGAGCAACGUUCAAAACCCAAGUCUGGAAUUGACUGAAAAUGGUCUAUGUGACAUCCAGGAAGCUUCGUGCUCUGAUGCUGAUCUUCUGCCUUGUUUCUUUUGCCAUGUUUUUAUUAAGAGAUCCCUCGUUUCUCAUCAAUCCGUUUCAGAACAUCGGUAAUAGGCCAUGUGGCUGCCGGCACUGUAUUUGGGCCACAGAGGAGGAGGACACGUGGUUCAGUGACAGGUUUAACCAGUCCAUUCAUCCUCUGCUGUACAGGUCGAACAGCGAUCUCGGUGACGACACCUACAAGUGGUGGCUGUGGCUUCAGGCUGAGAGCAACCCAUCCAACUUGAGUGCAGUGAUGGACAGGUUAUUUCAGGUCAUCCCUGGAGAACAGCACUACAUGGAUGCUGGACCUUCCCGAUGUCGUUCAUGCUCGGUGGUAGGAAACUCUGGAAAUCUCCUCUCAUCCCAUUACGGCAAAGCGAUCGACUCCAGCGACUUUGUCAUCCGGAUAAACCAGGCUCCGACACAUGGCUUUGAGCGUGAUGUGGGCUACAGAACCACGCACCAUGUGAUGUAUCCUGAAAGUGCCAUGGACCUGCAGAACGUCAGCACCAACCUACUGCUUGUCCCGUUUAAGGUCCUUGACCUGGAGUGGCUCGUCAGCGCUCUGACCUCUGGACACAUCGACUUCACCUAUAUGCCCGUCAAAAAGCGGAUCACAGCUAACAGACAGAAUGUGUUGGUGUAUAACCCCACGUUUAUGAAGUACGUGUAUGAGGUGUGGUUGGAGAGUCACGGCCGUUAUCCAUCCACCGGCUUCCUGUCGCUUGUCCUCGCUCUGCACAUCUGUGACCAGGUGAAUCUUUUUGGAUUCGGAGCUGAUGGGGAGGGAAACUGGCACCACUACUGGGAGGAGAACUUGGUGAAUAGCGCCUUCAAAGAGACGGGCGUCCAUGACGCAGAGUUCGAGUACAACAUCACGGAGCUACUGGCUCAGAAAGGCAAAAUCAGACUGUUUAAAGGCAUCUAGUCUACGUCCAGCUGGGGCGAGUAGUUAGAGAUGCACGUGAAGGACUGAAACUCACAACCUCUUAAACAUUAACAGAUGGUCUUCAGCGUCACUUUUUUAUUUUGUCACUUCUUCAGACUUUAGAGUAGUCACCAAAGACUUUUUUUUUAAUAAACUCAUGGUUCUCUGGAAUUCUGUUUUUAUUUUUUUUAUUUUUUUUAUUUUUUUAUUUGUUGAUCAAAAUGUAUUAUUUACUUCCUGGUUUUCUGGAUGCAUAGUUUAUCACGUUAGUCAUUUCCUGGUUCUCAGAUUUUAGUGGUCAGAAAACUUGCAAUUUGACGGACCGGAUUUGCGGAAGUCCUGGGAUAGAUGCGGGAUCAGCCGUGACCCUGAGCAAGAUAGAGCACUUAUCGAGGUGAAUGAAUGUAAUAAUUCUUCUAUACAUUUCUGUUUGAUUUAUUUUAAUCGAUUCCUCGUUCUCUGGAUUUGGAGUUUUAUACAGUACAUUUUUAUUUGGUUCCUGCUUCUCCACCCAUCCUUUUCUCUCUCUCCGUCUCCAUCUGUCAAUUUGCGAAGGAUCAUGACUGAGAUCAGGUCAUAGAUCAGAACACGACACAUCACUAGUCUCAGCCUCAGAGGCUCCGCCCAUGUCCUGCGUCACAGUCAUGCAGGUUGCAAUUUGAUUGGCUGUAAUAUGUUUCCAUCACAGUGAAAUCAGUGAAUCGGUGUGCUUUCACAAUAAGGAUGUAGUCACUGUAUAAAAAUAAAUAAUUACAAAUGUAAAAAAAGCUUAAAAACUUGAGGUCAGAAAAGGGCAGAGAGAGAGAGAGAGAGAGAGAGAGAGAGAGAGAGAGAGAGAGAGAGAGAGAGAGAUGUUUUGAGUAUGAUAAAGUACAGUAUAGUGUUCAGACUCCUCUCUUCCUAAGUGCCUUCAGUAACACUGUGUUUUAUGAAUCUCACUUUUUAAAUGUACUACAUGAUGAAGUAUUGGAUAAAAAUAAGCUUUGUUAGAAUGUACGCUCUUUAACUUUCCACCUUUGUAUACAGAAUGAAAUAAAGGGAUGCUGCUGUAA